AUGACCAACAUCACCAUCCAAAUCGUCUCCGACACCGUCUGCCCCUGGUGCUACAUCGGCCUCCGGCGCCUCUCCCGCGCAAUCACAACACACAGAGCCUCCCACCCCACCGACACAUUCACGCUCACCUGGCAGCCGUUCUACCUCAACCCGCAGGCGCCGGCGUACCCGGGCACCAACAAGCGCGAGCACUACGCAUCGAAGUUCGGCGGCGAGCGCGCGCGCGCGAUCUUCGCGCGGCUGGCGGGCGUGGGCGCCGGCGAGGACAUUGCCUUUGCGUUUGGGGGGCAGACGGGGCGGACGAGGGAUUCGCACCGGGUGCUUUGGUAUGCGGGGAGGAAGGAGAGGGAGCGGGAGCUCCGCGGUGGAGAGGAGGGGGUGAAGGAGGAGAAGAAGGAGGAGGGGGUGGGGAUUGGGGGGCUGCAGACGAGGGUGGCAGAGCAGUUGUUCCGGGCGUACUUUGAAGAGGAGAAGAAUAUCACGGACCGCGGCGUGUUGGUGGAGGCGGCGGCGGCGGCGGGGCUGGACCGCGCGGAGGUCGAGAGGUUCCUGGAGUCUGGGGAUGAGGGUGGCAAGGAGGUUGAUCUCGAGGCGGAACGCGCGCGGCAGCGCCUGGUGACGGGGGUGCCGUAUUUCACGGUGCAGGGCCGGUAUGCGGUGGAAGGGGCGGAUGAGCCGGACACUUUUCUCGAGAUCUUUGAGAAGGUGAAGCAGGUCGUGUAG